CUGCUACAUUAGCAAACGGAGGAUACUGUCUGACAACAUUAAUCUAGACAGCUGUCUAUAGGCAUAUAUCUCUCCAAACACUGGAGUAACAUAGUAGCUCAUACCUGCUGUUAGCACGGUGACUCCCAUUCUAACUGUCCCAUUUAUUAUCCUGUCGCUCUCCCAGCCCUCAUCAUGAUUCACAGCUUGUUUCUGAUAAACAAUGCUGGCGAUUUAUUCCUGGAGAAACACUGGAAGAGUGUCAUAAGCCACUCCGUCUGUGAUUAUUUUUUCGAAGCACGAGAGAAGGCAGUGGAACCUGACAAUGUGCCUCCUGUCAUCCGCACCCCUCAUCACUAUCUCAUAACCAUCUACCGUGAGAAGAUCUUCUUCGUUUCUGUCAUCCAAACAGAAGUGCCUCCACUCUUUGUAAUAGAAUUUCUGCAUCGGAUCGCAGAGACAUUUCAGGACUAUUUUGGAGAAUGUUCUGAAACCACUAUCAAGGACAAUGUGGUCAUAGUCUAUGAACUCUUGGAGGAAAUGUUGGACAACGGCUUCCCCCUCGCUACAGAAUCCAACAUCUUGAAAGAACUCAUCAGACCUCCCACAAUCCUGCGGUCGAUGGUCAACACCAUCACAGGCAGUAGUAAUGUUGGCGAAACCCUCCCUACUGGUCAGCUCUCCAGCAUUCCAUGGAGAAGAGCAGGUGUGAAAUAUACCAAUAAUGAGGCUUACUUUGAUGUGGUGGAAGAAAUCGAUGCCAUCCUGGAUAAGUCUGGAACUACAGUUUUUGCAGAAAUCCAGGGAGUUAUUGAUGCUUGUGUCAAGCUUUCUGGAAUGCCAGACCUUACUCUCUCAUUUAUGAACCCCAGACUCCUGGAUGACGUGAGCUUCCAUCCAUGUGUCCGUUAUAAGAGAUGGGAAAGUGAGAGAGUUCUCUCCUUCAUUCCCCCCGAUGGAAACUUUCAGCUCAUGUCGUAUCACAUCAGUGCGCAAAACCUCGUAGCAAUCCCGAUAUAUGUGAAGCAGAACAUCAGUUUCUUUGAGACUGGCUCUUCAGGACGACUGGACAUCACUGUGGGUCCAAAGCAGACCAUGGGAAAGACUGUGGAGUGCUUGGUAGUGACCAUACACAUGCCAAAAGUGGUUCUCAGUGCCAACCUCAAUGCGACUCAGGGAACCUACAACUAUGACCCUGUCACAAAGAUUCUGUUGUGGGAUAUAGGGAAACUUAACCCCCAGAAGCUUCCCAAUCUGAAAGGAAGUCUAAGUCUGCAGUCUGGAGCUCCUAAACCAGAGGAGAACCCAAGUCUGAACAUUGACCUGAAAAUCCAGCAGUUAGCCAUCUCAGGAUUGAAAGUCAAUCGUCUAGACAUGUAUGGAGAGAAAUAUAAACCAUUCAAGGGUGUGAAAUAUGUGACCAAAGCUGGGAAGUUCCAGGUCAGGACAUGAGGCCAGCUGCAGAGUUUCACAAUGAUAUGCCAAAAGUGUAUUAGAGGUGCCAUUUUCUAAGUGACAAAUCAGACAGGAGUGCAACCUUGUGCACAGUCUCCCUUAAGUUUUUAAACCAUUGCAGUUACAUUUGUUAUUGUAGUUUUUAUCUUUCUUGUUUUGUGGGAAGCAACUGGGAAUUCGCAAGAAGUCUUUCCACUGGCGAGUAUUUGGAGAGCAUAUUCUUUGGGAAUCUUUUACUUAAUAUCAACAUUCCAAUAGUCUUUUAACACUGUAUUAUAUUAGAUUUAAGGUACUGUAAAUCUCUGCCAGAAACACAUUACAUUAAUCAAAAUACUGCUCUACAGUCUUUGAUGCUGGCACAAAACAGUACCCGAGUUUCUGCACAUAUUCACAGGCCUUAUUUUUUCAUUUAAAUUUAUUUACCAGUUCAGUAGCCUUUGAAUGAAAAAAAUAAAUAA